CCCGCAGCGCCCCCCUCGUACCGCCCCCCCGCCGCCGCCGCCGCGCGGGGGGGCCCCUCCCGAGCCGGGAGCAGCCACGGCCGCCGGGGCUGCAGCGUCACCGCUUCGGGACUGAAAGUACUGUUGAGAAAACAACAAAAUGAGUAGUCGACGAAAACGCGCACCUCCAUCGAAAGUAGAUGAGGAGAAGAAGAAAAAGCUCUGCUGGAACAUGCAUGAAGACCGGAGAAAUGAGAUGGUAACGUUAGAUGAUGAAGUGACUAAUGAGGACCACGUUCCAGUUCCAAGCACUUCUGCAUCCUUCAUUGUUAUAAAUGAUGAUAGCACUGAUGAAGAUCUUGUACAAAAAGAAGGCAGUGGCUCAAAAUCUGUUAAGUUUUUGACAGUUAAUGAUGAAGACGACUCUUAUUCCAUCUUGACUCCUGUGUCUGUACAGCUAAAUAUUAUAGUCUUGCCAUACCGUGCAGAUGGGUCCUGGAAGGUUUUGUUGGGAGAAUUUGUUCUACAUCUUCCUUCUGAGCAAAUUCUAGCUGAUGAAUUCCAUGAAAGGAGCUUUACUUUAAUGAGAGGAGACUCUGAUGAUCAGCUGCAGGUCUGUGUUCAUGAAAGAAGUGAAGAAGAGUAUAGUAAUGAAACUAAAGAAUACCUGGGUGCUUAUGAACAAUGUAUUUUGGUGGAACCAACUUUAAGUGGUGAAAUAUUGGAAGGCUUGAGAUGGUUGCAAAAGAAAAAGAUAAUUGGACUUUAUCAAAGACCUGGAGAGGCUCAGACUUUAAAGGUUGGAAUUUACCUUCUUGAAGCUGGGCUAAGUAAACCAGAGUUUCUCAGUGAUGGAGGUGGAAGGCCCAAAAAAGCUAAUCAGCUGAUUCAAAAACUCAUGGAAAAGUUCUACAGUUUUUUAAUUCCAGAUGAGCUGGAGGAAGAUGAGGAAGAAUCUGACAUGGAACUAGAGCGACAAAAUAUUGAAGAGCUUUAUGACUUUGUAAGACACACCCAUCAGCAGGAUAUCCAGUUACUUAGAAAGGAUGUGCAGCAUCCUGCAUUAAUUCCCAUUCUGAGGCCAUACCAAAGUGAGGCUGUGAAUUGGAUGCUUCACCGAGAGAACCACACAAACGCUCCAAGCAGUGAAAAUGCACUGCACUUCUUAUGGCGGGAGGUGAUCACUCUGGAUGGAGUAAAAAUCUACUAUAAUCCAUUCACUGGCUGUAUUAUCCGUGAAUACCCAACUGCUGGACCCCAGUGGCCUGGAGGUAUUUUGGCAGAUGAGAUGGGUCUUGGGAAAACAGUAGAAGUGUUGGCUCUUAUUCUGAAUCAUACUGGACCAGACAUUAAACAAGAUGAUCUGACAUUACCUGAGGGUAAGCUUGUGAACUUCUUUGUUCCACCUCAACCUUUAGAAGGAAAUAAAAAGAAAAAAACAAAGGAAAUGGAGCCUAAAUUGAAGGAAAAAAUACAAUAUCCCAGCUUACGAGUGAUGAUAUUAACAGCUGUAAAAGAAAUGAAUGUGAAGAAAGGAGCAUCCAUCGUUGCAAUAUUUAAGUACAUCAGUGCUAUUUAUAGGUAUGACACACAGAGAAAUAGACGGCUUCUCAAAAGAACUCUAGAGAAACUAAUUGCAGAACAUGUAGUAGAGCAAGUCAAAGGACAUGGUCUGGCUGGGUCUUUCAAGCUGGGAAAGAAUUACAAGGAACAGAAGAAGCGAGAAAGAACCAAAGAGCAGGUAGCAAAGACUUCAGAAAACACUCAGAAGAAGCAGCUGACUGAUGCUAAAACUCAAACCAAAGAAUCAAAAAAUAGUGGUAUCACAUCUGAACACAUCUGUAAAACUGCUUCACUGGUGGAUAUUGCCAUGGAAGAACAUGAUUAUUGUACAACUAGCAAAAAUAACAAGAAAUCUGAAGCAGAUCAUGAGAACUCUGUAAAAGAGAAUAAUGUUAAGCAGGAAACUGUCAUCCCAAAAUCUCCUGAUUUGCAUGGCAGCCUCCUUGUCUCCAAUGACAUGUGUAGUCAUCCUGAUUUUGAUGUUUCUAAAACUACAGCUGAUGUCCAGCAGGAAAUCCCAAAGGUCCCGUCCUCACAUUCCCAAGAACAUGCUGACAGUAGUGUACAACAUACCAGUUCUGUAUUUCCAUUUAAUACCUCUGAAUAUCGUUUUGAAUGCAUCUGUGGUGAGCUUGGAUUGGCUGACUACAAAGCUCGUGUGCAGUGCCUGAAAUGCUACUUAUGGCAGCAUGCAGAAUGUGUAAACUACAAAGAGGAAAACCUGAAGAGCAGGCCCUUCUACUGUCCCCAUUGCCUUGUGGCAAUGAAACCAGUUCCCACAGGAGCGACUCUGAUAAUUUCUCCAAGUUCUAUUUGUCAUCAGUGGGUAGAUGAGAUCAAUAGGCACGUAAGAUCAUCUUCUCUUCGCGUUCUGGUGUAUCAAGGUGUGAAGAAGCAUGGCUUUUUGCAGCCACACAUGUUGGCAGAGCAAGAGGUGGUUAUCACCACGUAUGAUGUCCUGCGCACUGAACUGAACUAUGUGGACAUCCCCCACAGCAACAGCGAAGAUGGGCGCCGCUUCAGGAACCAGAAGCGGUACAUGGCCAUCCCAAGCCCCUUAGUAGCAGUAGAGUGGUGGAGGAUCUGCCUCGAUGAAGCACAAAUGGUUGAAUGCACUACUGCAAAGGCUGCUGAAAUGGCACUCCGUUUAAGUGGAAUCAAUCGCUGGUGUGUCAGUGGUACUCCUGUGCAGCGAGGAUUAGAAGAUCUAUAUGGAUUAGUCCUUUUUCUUGGAGUUGAUCCUUACUGGGUCAAACAUUGGUGGGACCAACUUUUAUAUCGACCUUAUUGUAGGAAAAAUCCCCGGCCUCUUUACAGUCUAAUUGCGAAGAUAAUGUGGAGAUCAGCGAAGAAGGAUGUGAUUGACCAAAUUCAAAUACCCCCUCAGACAGAAAAUAUACACUGGCUUCACUUCUCUCCUGUGGAGAGACACUUCUAUCAUCGCCAGCAUGAGGUGUGCUGCCAGGAUGCAUUGGCAAAACUCAGGAAGAUUUCAGACUGGACUCUUAAGCUUAGCAGCCUAGAUAGAAGGACUGUGACUUCCAUACUAUACCCGUUGCUACGGCUGAGGCAGGCCUGCUGUCAUCCACAAGCUGUUCGGGGAGAGUUCUUGCCAUUACAGAAAAGCACCAUGACCAUGGAGGAACUGUUAGCAUCUCUGCAAAAGAAAUGUCGAACGGAGUGUGAAGAAGCUCACCGACAGCUGGUGUGUGCUCUUAAUGGCUUAGCUGGUAUCCAUAUCAUUAAAGGAGAAUAUGCAUUGGCUGCGGAGCUGUACAGAGAAGUAUUAAGAUCAUCUGAAGAGCACAAGGAAAAGCUCAAAACAGAUUCCUUACAAAGACUUCAUUCUACACAUAAUUUGAUGGAAUUGUUGGCAAAGCACCCAGGAAUUCCCCCAACUUUGCGUGAUAGCCGACUUGCAGAAGAGGCAGAACAACUUCGACAACAUUAUAUGAGUAAAUCCAAUGCAGAAGUUGCAGAAGCCCAUCAGGCCUUACAGCCAGUUCUUCAAACAAUUCGGGAGCUCCAGAGAAAGAUACAUUCCGGUUCUCCUUGGUGGUUGGAUGUCAUCCAGACAGCAAUACAGUAUGCCAUUGAUGAGGAGCUUGUUCAACGUGUACAAAACGAAAUAACCUGCAACUACAAACAGCAGACUAAUAAACUCUCCAUGGCAGAGAAAUUCCGUGACUGCAGAGGCCUUCAGUACCUGCUCACAACCCAGCUGGAUGAAGUGAAGAAGUUCCAAAAGAUUGUAAGAGAAGCAGUGAAAAACUUAGAAGGGCCCCCUUCUAAGCAGGUUAUUGAGGCUGCCACUAUCUGCCAUUUGCGACCUGUUAGACUUCCACUCAACAACUGUGUCUUUUGUAAGGCUGACGAAUUGUUCACAGAAUAUGAGUCGAAGCUCUUUAUGCAUAGUGUUAAAGGCCAAAUGGCAAUAUUCGAGGAGAUGAUAGAAGACCAAGAGGGGCUUGUUGAUGACCGUUUGCCCACCACAAGUAGAGGACUGUGGGCAACCAGUGAAACUGAACGUGCCUUGAAAGCUCUCCUCUCCUUUGCCAAAGCUCACCGAAUGGAUGUUAGGCUAACUGAAGAAGGGAGCGUAUUUCUGGAACUCUUUGAAGCAUGGAAAAAGGAAUAUAAGUUACUUCAUGAAUAUUGGAUGGUACUUAGGGAUCAUGUGUCUGCUAUUGAUGAACUGGCAAUGGCUACAGAAAGACUGAGAGUGCGUCAUCCUGAUGAGCCAAAACCAAAUCCACCAGUUCUCCACAUCAUAGAACCACAUGAGGUAGAGCAAAAUCGAGUGAAACUUCUGAAUGACAAGGCAGUUGCCAAAUCACAGCUUCAGAAGAAAUUGGGACAACUUCUAUAUCUCACUAAUCUGGAGAAAUCUCAGGAUAAAACUACUGGGGGAAUUAACCCAGAACCGUGUCCAAUCUGUGCUCGUCAACUGGGAAGACAGUGGGCAGUGCUGACAUGUGGACAUUGCUUUUGUAAUGAGUGUAUAGCCAUCAUCAUCCAGCAGUACAGCGUUGGCACCCGCCGGAGCUCAAUUAAGUGUGCCAUCUGCAGGCAGACAACGUCCCAUAAAGAAAUAUCAUAUGUCUUUACUGCAGAAGCUGCAAAUCAGGAGGAUGAUAUUCCUGUAAAGGGAAGUCACUCCACCAAAGUGGAAGCUGUGGUCCGAACACUGAAGAGAAUUCAAUUUAAAGAUCCAGGGGCUAAAUCCUUAGUUUUCUCAACGUGGCAAGAUGUAUUGGAUAUAAUUUCAAAAGCUUUGUAUGACAACAACAUGAUUUUUUCUCAGAUCAAUGGAAUUAGUAAAUUUCAGGAAAAUCUUUCUGCGUUUAAAUACGAUCCCAACAUCAAUAUUUUGCUGCUGCCUCUUCACACUGGUUCCAAUGGACUAAACAUCAUCGAAGCAACUCACGUUCUGCUUGUGGAACCCAUUCUGAAUCCAGCACAUGAGCUACAGGCUAUUGGCAGAGUACAUCGUAUUGGCCAAACAAAAUCUACCAUUGUUCACAGGUUCCUGAUAAAAGCAACAAUAGAAGAGAGAAUGCAGACUAUGUUGAAAACUGUAGAUAGAAGUCACACAAGCUCUUCCAUGAAACAGUCAGAAGCCUCCGUGUUGACAGUGGCAGAUUUGGCUGACCUUUUUACAGAGGAAACUGAAGAACUUGAGUAAAAACAUUGGUUUGGCCUAAUGAAAUCAGUACGUGACCUAAUAAGCACCUAAUAAUCCACUUGAUCUGUCAUUCCUGUAAACAUCAUCUAACAUUUGUUACAGAGUGAUUGGAAAUUGAAAAGUCUUAAUUGUUACUGUUUUAUUCUUUGGUGAAGUUCAUAGCAGCACACACUUCUGGUGGCACUGGAGAAAAGUUGCACUUUGCACAUUAUACAAAAACAUGGAUUUUAUUCCCAAAGAGCAUUUGAGCUGGAUGCUAAAACUGAGAUCUUGGACCCUUGGUUGAGAGGAAUUUUACCUUCAGGUUUGAUUGGCUAGUAGCUCUGUCUGAGAGCAAAACUAUGUGGGUGGUUGGGUGGGAAAGGGAAGCAGAAAAAUACAAAUCUAAUUUUUUUUACUGUACAAAGAGUUGUUAGAAAGAAUGACUGUAAAUUAAUAUUCUUCUAGAAAGGGCUUGUUAGAUUUAAUGCAGAGUUACUAAAUGUCUUAUUGUUAACAUUUCAAAUGACUAAUCUUUACUAAUAAUUUGGAUAUUUGUAUUAGGCUUUUAGAUAUUCAUAAAGACUUGUGACAGUUAAAUAUUUCAUUGUUAAUGCUUACUUAUUGCAAAAAGAUGAUAAUUAAAUUAUGCUUUUUGUAUAUAUGUUGGUCUGGUGAUCAGUUAAAGACUUGAACUUGCUGUACAUGUUUUCACUUGAAGCUGUGACUAAUUUAGUGCUCUGUUU